CCUGCAGACCAUUCAGUGGAACCCUGCGAUACACAGCUCUCUGGUUUGGGUACUGCUGAAAGGAAAAAAAAUAAUAAAAAAAUGGCUCUGACAAACCCCAUGCCCAUGGGCCCAUGGAAGAUCACUGUGUAUGAUCAGGAGUACUUCCAGGGAAGGCGUAUGGAGUUCACCAGCUGCUGCCAGAACAUCAUGGAGUGUGGAAUGGAAAACAUCCGCUCCCUGAAGGUGGAGUGUGGAGCCUGGGUGGGCUAUGAGCACUCCAGCUACUGCGGCCAGCAGUUUGUGCUCGAAAACGGAGACUACCCUCGCUUUGAGGCCUACAGCGGCAGCAACUCCUACCGAAUUGAGAGGAUGAUCUCCUUCAGGCCUAUCUUGUGCGCUAACCACAAAGACUCCCGUAUGACCAUCUUUGAGAUGGAGAACAUGACGGGCCAUCAGUUCGAGCUGUGUGAUGACUACCCCUCCCUGCAGGCCAUGGGCUGGAUGAACAAUGAGGUCGGAUCCAUGCAUAUUCAGAGUGGAGCCUUUGUGUGCUAUCAGUACCCCGGUUACCGCGGCCACCAGUACAUCAUGGAGUGUGACUGUCACGGAGGAGAGUACAAGUGUUACCGUGAGUUUGGCUCCCACUCCCAAACUCCCCAGAUUCAGUCCAUCAGGAGGAUCCAGCACUGAGACGGAAGCGAUUCCCUCAUUCUUCUCCUCCUCUUCUUUCCUCCUGCACUUCCAUCCUUCCUUCUCUUCCCCUCUCCCCUCCAAAACCGGUUCCCGGACUUCAGGUGCUUUCUGGUGUCAGUUUUUCACUCAGUUUUUGUUUUAAUUAUUAUUUUUAAAGAAACAUCACAACAAAAAGCAAAGAUGUAUGAAAGACAGAAAAUAGGAAUGGCAGAAGUGAGAGAAUAAAUGAAGCUGGUUUGUCAGCAAAUUUUUGAACAACCUGAAAGUUUUCGGUCUUUUUCAUCUUGAUUUUUGAUGGCAUCACUGUCAUCAUCAUUGUCAUUGUCUUCUACAAU